CCUGGUUAUUUCCACUGUAUCAGCUGAGGGAGAACAGGGUGAUUCCCAAACGACACGCUUGUCUGAGUCAGCCUCUUGUUAGAUCCAGCGUGUCGGUGGGGCCGCGGAAAGUUCCCUGAAGUUCGCCGGGAAGAGAGAGAGGGAGAGAGGCGGGGGAAGCGGAGGAGUGAGCGAGGAGGAGCUCCGGGACUUCCACCGCCGAUCUGCGGGCUCCGUGCGGACUCUGUGCGGGCUCUGAGGUCUGGGAUGUCGGCCGUGAAGGCUCUGCAGCAGUGGUGCCGGAUCCAGUGUGAGGGCUACCGGGAUGUGUCCAUCACCAACAUGACCACGUCCUUCAGGGACGGCUUGGCUUUCUGCGCCCUCAUCCACAAACACAGACCCGACCUGAUCAAUUUUGAUUCCCUGAAGAAGGAAGAUGUCUACGACAACAACAAGCUGGCCUUUAAAGUUGCAGAAGAACAACUGGGCAUUCCGGCUCUGCUGGACGCGGAAGACAUGGUGGCUCUCAGGGUUCCUGACCGCCUCAGUAUCUUGACGUACGUCUCUCAGUACUACAACUACUUCCAUGGACGCUCCCCUAUUGGCGGCAUGGCGGGUAUAAAGCGUCCGGCAGAGGGCACCAACGACGAACCUUCAGGGAAGAAGAACCAGGCGGUGACCGCCAAGGUGUUUCCAGGAUCUAAACCCAGCAGGGAGAACAGUCCUCCCCGCUCUGCCAACGUUACAAAACCGUCUCCGUCGCCUAAACAGAUCAGAAAUUCAACGCAGGAGCAUCAUGUUGAGAAAUCUCAAGCAGGAACUUUAAGCAACAAAUGUGUGUCAUGUAACAAACACGUUCACCUGGUGCAGAGACACCUAGUGGAGGGAAAGCUCUAUCACAGGAACUGUGCGAGGUCCCUUUCGACGAACACGAGCUCCCCGUUUCGCGAUCUUCCCACAAACGCCCACAUUUCCAAAUUUAGUCCCCAACCCGAACCCGUUAAACCCGCCACAGUGGCUCCAGCUAAAACACCGUCCAGACUUGGGCCGACGUGGGCAACGGAGAAGCCCAGCUCUCCUCCGAACGGCUCCAGCUCGUUUUCUGCUUCACCUGUCUCAGCUCCUGCUUCUGUUGUUAAGGAAACCCUGAAGGUACCUGUGUCCAAACCGCCUACCUUUACGACGGCUGUCAGCACCAACCCAACGGCCGAACCCCGGACCUCCGUCACCGCGGCCAAAACGUGGGAGUCAAAGAUGAACUUUUUACGAUCGGAUGACAGCGCCAACCACGAGGAGAAAAAGACGUCAGUUUUUAGUACAACUGUGAAUAAAGGCCAGACCACGAACGGCAGGGGGCAGGACGUGUUGCCGGGUCAGACUGUAACCAUGGUUGUCAAUGUUAAAGAUGUGGAUAAAGGGGGCGCAGCUAAAACAACUGCUGCGGGUAGCAAGGCGAGUAAAAAUGCUAAAGUGUACGACGAUAAGACGAGAGCAACAGCAGCAGCUUUCAUCUCCAAGAAACUUCCCGAGGAGAACAACAACAACAACAGCAGCAAGCCAUCGUGGACAAACGUAGCACUCCGAAAAGCUGACAAACCUCCGGAGGAGACGCCAAAGAAGACUGAAACGGGGGCCGUCCGGGGGAAGGUGAAGCUGAAAGCAGACCCAUCUCUCCUGGCGGAUUUGCAGACUCCAGAACCUGAAAAGUCUACAGCUGGUCGGAGCGGAGGAGCAGACAAGACUCCAGACAGGGGAGGCCUGAAACCUCCCCAAACCUCCCACAACACAUCAGCGUCAGAAAAUGAGUCUCCUGGAGCCUGGAGGUCAAAGCUGAAGCCCAUCUCCAAAGAAGCGAAACCAGCAGGUCUUCCUCAGUCUUCGCUUAGACCUUACAGCAAUGGAGCAACGAGGACUUCAGAGCCCUCUGCUGGGCCUCCGGCGGUCAGCACCAUCAUUUCUGUGUCAAAGGAAUCUCAGAAUGGGCCGAAAGAACAAAUUCCCAGCGCCGCCAAGUCCGAGUCAAAGAAUGCUAAGACGAAGCCCGGCUACAUCCCCAAAGAGGACAUCAUCCGGGAGCUGAAGGAGAUCGAAGAAAACCUAAACGAACUGGAGAGGAGAGGAGUGGAGCUGGAGUUGAGGCUGCGCAAGACUGAGGAAGAGGGCGGCGGCGGCGACGACGACGACGAAGACGAGCUCAUGGUCGAAUGGUUCACCUUGAUCAGAAACAAGCAGGUGGCCAUGCGUCGUGAGUCGGAGCUCGUGUAUAUAGGACGAACUCAGGAUCUGGAAGAAGAGCAGCCCAGUGUGGAGCAGGAGCUCAGGAGGCUGAUGGAUAAACCAGAACAUUUAAAAACGUUCCGGGACAGACAGAGGGAAAAGCAGCUCAUGGACAAACUCUUAGAGAUCGUCAACGAUAGAAACGCCAUCGUAGAAGGUCUGGAUGAGGACAGGCUCAGGGAGGAAGAGGAGGAUGAGGAGCUAAACAAGAUGAUGAUGAAUUUCAACAUAAAGAAGGACAAAACCAAGAGAAAGUCUCAGAAAUUCAGACUGUUCAGCUGGGGAAGCAAGAAGGACGCAUGAUGCUCCUGGAAACCGGCACCACCUUGUUUUCACAAGCUGCUUCCUCUGAUCACUGUCAAUUCCUAGGAUGACAUCGAUACUGUGUGUGUGUGUGUGUGUGUGUGUGUGUGUGUGUGUGUGUGUGUGUAGAAGAGAGAGAGAGAAUGAUCCACCAUUGUCUGUGAUGAGAUUUACUUCAGUACUCCAGUUUAGUUUUAACCUUGUUCUUGUCUUCUCCUGUUCACUUUGUGCCUCAACAUUCUCAGUAUUUGACUCGUAUUUCCUUACUUGCAUAACGUAUUCAAUACUGUAUGUAUUCUGUAAUGCAUAAUGGUUAAAAAACAAAAAACAACCAAAAAAAAAAAAA